AUGGCAGAAAAAGAGGCUACGGUCUACAUUGUCGAUGUCGGCAAGUCCAUGGGGGAGCGUCGACAUGGUCGUUCCGUCACGGACCUUGAGUGGGCCAUGCAGUACGUUUGGGACAGAAUCACGACUACGGUUGCAACUGGCCGUAAAACUGCUACGGUCGGAGUGGUCGCAUUGCGGUCAGACGAAACCUCGAAUGAUCUUCAAGAGGAUACCAGCUUCUCAAAAAUCUCUGUGCUUCAAAAUCUUGGGCAGGUACUGAUGCCUGACAUUCGACGGCUGCGAGACGCAAUCAAGCCAAGCCAGACGAACAGAGGAGAUGCUAUCUCAUCCGUUAUCAUUGCCAUCCAAAUGAUCAACACCUAUACCAAGAAGCUCAAGUACAAGCGGAAGAUUGUCCUGGUCACAAAUGGCACCGGACCCAUGAACAACGAGCAGCUUGAAGAGAUCCAAAAGAAGAUCGAAGACGACGGCAUUGAACUUGUUGUCCUUGGGGCUGAUUUCGAUGAUGCGGAGUUCGGCGUGAAGGAAGAGGAUAAGGACAUGCACAAGGCUGAAAAUGAGACGCUACUACGUGUUUUUGCUGAAGGUUGUGGAGGUGUCUUCGGUACACUCGAGCAAGCCGUCUCCGAGUUGGAAGUUCCUCGCAUCAAAGUCACCAAGAGCAUGCCUUCCUUCAAGGGAUUCCUCUCUCUCGGGGAUUCAUCCAAGUAUGAAACCGCGCUACGCAUUCCUGUUGAGCGUUACUUCCGUACCUACGUUGCGAAACCUCCUUCGGCAAGCUCUUUUGCCUUACGUUCCGGCGGGCAGGGCCAGGAAGAAGCUGAGGCCGGCGCGGGUCAAUCAACAAGCGGUGGUGAAGCUCUGACUACUGUCCGGAUGUCACGGACAUAUCAGAUCAACGAUGAGUCUGCGCCCGGUGGCAAAGUCGACGUUGAGCGCGAUGAUCUUGCAAAGGGAUACGAGUAUGGACGAACAGCUGUACACAUCAGUCAAACGGAUGAGAAUAUUACCACCUUAGAGACUUUUGCGGGCCUGGAAAUCAUUGGAUUCGUUCAUAUGAGCAAGUAUGAUCGAUACCUACACAUGGCCAAUACCAAUGUCAUCAUCCCACAGCGAGCCAAUGAUAAAGCAUCCCUAGCAUUAUCAUCUCUGAUUCACGGCAUCUAUGAGCAAGAUUCCUACGCUGUUGCCCGGCUGGUAGCCAAAGAGGCCAAACCUCCAACAAUCGUGCUCCUCGCUCCAUCGAUUGAGGCGGAUUACGAGUGUCUCAUCGAAGUUACCCUUCCAUUUGCCGAAGAUGUCCGCUCAUACAGAUUCCCACCUUUGGAUAAGGUCGUGACUGUCUCGGGGAAGAUUGUCACUGAGCACCGCAAUCUACCAAAUGAGGACUUGCAACAGGCCAUGAGUGACUAUGUUGACAAAAUGGAAUUGGAUGAAGAAGAACUACCCAUUGAUGACUCUUACUCUCCACUCCUGCACCGCAUUGAGUCUGCAGUGCGGUACCGCGCAGUGCAUCCUAAUGAUCCCAUUCUCGAACCAUCGGAACAGCUUACCAAAUUUGCGCACCCGGACAAGCAACUGGUCAGAAAAGCGAAAGGCUCUCUAGAAAACCUAAUGUCUGCAGCAAAUGUCAAGAAAGUCCCACCCAAAACUAAAGGUCGUAAGCGCCUCCGCGAGACCGAGAAACCCCUUUCCGGCCUUGACAUCGAUGCCCUCCUCAAGCAAGAACCCAAACGCACCAAAAUAUCUGCCGAAAAUGCUAUCCCUGAGUUUAAGCAGAUGCUCUCGCGCGCCGACAGCCUCGACAUCAUUCGUGAAGCUGUCAAGCAAAUGGCCAGCAUUAUCGAGACGCAGAUCAAGCACAGCCUCGGUGACGCCAAUUAUGAUCGCGUCGUGGAGGGAUUGGGAACUAUGCGUGAGGAGUUGGUGGACUAUGAAGAGCCGACGCUUUACAAUGACUUUUUGACCUCGUUAAAGGGGAAGAUCCUUGGUGAGGAGCUGGGUGGUGAUCGGACAGAGCUGUGGUGGCUGGUCAGGAAGAGUAAGCUGGGGCUUAUUGAUCAGACUACCUCGGAGGUGUCCAAGGUCACUGAGGAUGAGGCCAAAGAGUUUUUCUCCGCCACCUGA